GUGAAUUGAUUUCAUGCCAGGGCGGAUUGCAGAGGUCUUGAAAAAGAAGGGUCAACACUGCAAAUAUUGACUCUUUGCAUCAACUCUUCCCUACAGUCAUUGCCCGGUGGAGACGAAGGAAGGAAGCAGUCAUUUAAAUGCAUGUCGAAUCGUUUGGAUGAUUGAUCAUAUUUAAUUAAUUUGAUCGCACACGCUAAUAACUUCACCAACCGUGUUUGUGGCAGCUAGCUAGUGUGUGAUAAGUAGCUAGCAGCCAAGUUAGCCCACAGACUGCAGCUACACAGUGGACUGAUCGGGGCUGAUAGCUCAGCUAGCACUAGGCGAGUUGCAUCAGCUUGUCUGUGGUAGUGGAGUUUGUUUAGCUGUCGUGACCUCCUGCGGCGUGCUGUUAUUAUCAGUGAAUUGAGGACAGCUCGGCUCUUUCAGAUAUCUUGUCAUGGAGGACCCAUUUGACAGUGAGCGAGCGUCCCUGCCCAGGAACAUGAUAGAGAAUAGUAUGUUUGAGGAGGAACCUGACGUGGUGGACCUGGCUAAAGACUCUACAGCUUUCCCGGCGUUGGAACCAGAUGAGGUGGUGUACGAGCCCCGUAGCUCCCGUCUGCUGGUGCGAGGUCUGGGAGAGAACGACCUGGACGAUGAGGAGGAGGACAAUGAGUCGUCAGCCCACCUACUGGGCAGGUCCUUCAUGAACAGAAGCGCCACCCACAAUCCUAGCUCUUCCCCUUACAACAGACACGCUCCACCCAGGUCAUGUUCCUGCCCCUCGGCUCGUAUGCUGGUGGUGGGCGUGUUCAUCUUGGUACUGGUCGCAUCCAUGGCGAUGGUUCUCUACUUCCUGCCUGGCUGUACCUUCACUAAGGCUGGCUGUGGUAAGGCUAACUCCUCCACUCCUAACAGCACCAAUGGGGAGCUGUUUCCCUGGAAUGAGCUCCGACUCCCAGCCAGUGUACGGCCUGUGAACUAUGACCUCUCCUUGACCCCUAACCUGACUUCCAUGACAUUCACUGGCCGCACUGUCAUCAACAUGACAAUACUACAUGACACCAAGCGCAUAGUUCUGCACAGCUCUGAACUCAUUAUCACCAAGGCAACCUUCCAGGUUGGAGAGGAUAAGAGUGUUGAGGUGAAGGUGUUGGAGUAUAAACCAUGGCAGCAGAUAGCUGUCAGCUUCCCAGAGGAUCUGAAGGUAGGCCAGGUGUGUGUGUUAACGUUGGACUAUGCAGCCAACCUCUCACAGACCUAUGACGGCUUCUACAACAGCUCCUACAACGACAAGACUGGAGCCAAGAGGGUCCUAGCUGCCACCCAGUUUGAGCCCCAGUCAGCCAGGAAGGCCUUCCCCUGUUUUGACGAGCCGGCCUUUAAAGCCACUUUCCUGGUCAGGAUCACAAGGGAGCCUGGAUACAUCACUCUGUCCAACAUGCCCCAGGCUAAGACGACUACAUUACCCAGCGGCCUGUUGGAGGAUGAGUUUGAGCAGACUGGCAUUAAUAUGAGCACCUAUCUGGUGGCCUUCAUCGUAGCCAACUUCACCAGCAUCACUAGAAACGUUUCCAAUACACUGGUGUCAGUGUACUCUGUGCCAGAGAAGAAGGAACACACACACUAUGCUCUGGACACAGCCUCCAAGCUGCUGCACUUCUACAACACCUUCUUUGAAAUCGUCUACCCUCUGAGGAAACUAGACCUGGUGGCUAUCCCAGACUUUCUGGCGGGAGCGAUGGAGAACUGGGGUCUGAUCACCUUUAGAGAGACCAGCCUGCUGGUGGAAAACCAGUCCUCUCCUCUCGACAAACAACUCAUCGCUAACGUCGUAGCCCACGAGCUCGCUCACCAGUGGUUUGGGAACCUGGUGACGAUGCGUUGGUGGAAUGACCUGUGGCUGAACGAAGGCUUCGCCACCUACUGGCAGUACACGUCUCUAAUGACAGAGUUCCCACAGCUGGACCUAGGUAAUGUGUUCCUGGGGGUGCGCUUUAAGGCCAUGGCCAAAGAUUCUUUAAACUCCUCCCACCCAGUGUCAGUGUCAUCCCAGGUGACCACACCUGAGCAGGUGUCUGAGAUGUUUGACUCUGUCACCUAUGAGAAGGGUGCUUCCCUCCUGCUGAUGUUGAAAGCCACUCUGCCAGACGGUCAGUUCAGGAAAGGACUCAUGGAAUACCUGGAUAACUACAGAGGAUCUAACACUGUUACUGAAGACCUCUGGAACAGUCUCACCCAGGCCCAGGUGCUUCCCCAGCAGGAGAGUGUGUCAGACAUGAUGAGAACAUGGACGCUGCAAAAAGGCUUCCCAUUAGUCACCGUCAGCCGCAAGGGUGGUCAUGUGACGCUCACACAGGAACACUUCCUGUUCUCCGCAGACAAUGCCACACACACCUCUAACCUGUGGCAUAUCCCUGUGACGUAUGUGAAUGACAGCUGUAGCUCUGCCCCUUCCUGCAGACAGAUCUUCACGCUAAGAAAUAAGACAGCGACUCUGAAUGUGUCGGACAGUGUGAAGUGGCUGAAGUUGAACUACAUGAACACAGGCUUCUAUAUAGUUCACUAUGGAGACGAGGGCUGGGCCACUCUCAUAGAUGCUCUUAAGACUGAUAUCAACAUACUCACACCCCACGACCGCGCUUCACUCAUACACAACAUCUUUGCCCUGUCCAGGCUGGGUCGUGUGUCCUUCCGUCAUGUUUUAAAUCUGUUGGAAUAUGCCACCAAUGAGACUGAGACUGCUCCUCUGACAGAGGCCCUGUCACAGCUCAGCUCUGUCUACAGACUACUGGACAAGAGACAGGAGCAAAGACUGGUGGCCCGCAUGAAGGUGUACAUUUGGGGUCAUUUUGGCCAGCUGAUGGACAGUCAGGACUGGGGAGAGGAGGAGAGUGUGUCCAGACAGGAGCUGAGGUCAGCCCUGCUAGAGAUGGCCUGUAGUCUGGGACGGCAGAACUGUACUGACCAGGCCAUGGCCCUCUACGACCAGUGGACCAACUCCAACCAAACCAAACAGAUCCCAGGUGAUCUGCAGCGAGUGGUGUUCUCUGUAGCGGCCCAGUCUGAACUCAGAUGGCAUACUCUCAUGGAGGCCUACAGUUCCACCACGUAUGACUCUGAGAAACGCAAGAUACUGCAGGCCCUGGCCUCCACACAGGACCCACAAAGCAUCGUAUGGAUUCUGAGCGUGGGGCUCGAGGGAGGGAUUAUCCAGACCCAGGAGCUGCCAUUGGUCAUCAGCACCAUGAGCGAUGGCUUCGUUGGCCACUUGUUCGUCUGGGACUUUGUCAAAGAGAACUGGGACAGGAUCAUAGAGAAGUUCCCAGUGGGGUCCUAUCCCAUCCAAAGCAUCAUCAAGUCCACCACCUCCCAGUUCUCCACUCAGACACACCUGGAGGAGGUCCAGGGUUUCUUCUCCAGUCUGAAGGAGCGGGGGUCUCAGAUGCGUAGCGUCAAGGAGGCUUUAGAGACCAUCAGACUGAACCAGCUCUGGAUGGACAGGAACCUCCCAACACUCAGAAUCUGGCUCUAACAUGGCUGCUUGGCAACUGUCGCUCCCGGCAACCUGCUCCGAGGGCCAAGUUGCCAUGGCAACAGCAGUGUUUGCACUAUAGUAGGGCUUGUGUCUCAAAUGACAUCAUAUUCCCCAUAUAGUGGCUACUUUAUUUUUUUCACUAUGAUCAAGAGUAGUUCACUAUAUAGGGAACAGGGUUUCCUAUGAGUUGUAGUAGCCAGCUCAGGGUUGCUCUAGAGAUUGUGUAUCUGACCCCGUAUCAAUCGGACUCUAACUCCUCUCUCUCUAUGCUGUCGACCAAACCUUCACACCGCUUUCAUCACAACAGCAUGCCUGGACACACAGCAGAGUGUCUUUCUUUCAAACUCAACGUGCUUCACAAAUGACUGUCCUACUGUCUGGAGGAGGAUGGGGAGAUGGGAGAAUGUCUGUUGAAGGCCAGAGUAAGGCUACAGAGCUGACACACAAUACAAAGGGGCUAGGUGACCAUGUACAGUAGGCACGCUCAGCAGGCUACAGCCAGAACGUGUAUAUGUUGAAGGAAAAUACCUUACUGUUUAGAUCAGUGGUGUCCCCCCAAAAAUGUGGGACUAAAAAUGACUAAAACCAAAUUUAAACUGUGUAAAAAUGUAAAUGGCGCUAUAUUUAUACCGUUUAUUGACUGUCCAGCUCACUAAUAAUAACUGAAAUGAAAACUAGACAGUCGGGGAGCAUCAAAUUCUCAAAAUGAUGGAUAGAGGACAAUUUCUUUUGCAGAUUUUGGCACUUUUAAAAUAUAUUUGUUUUUAAAGACCGAAUGCGGCCCUCAGGGCAAAAUCUGUUUGAGACCCCGGGUUUAGAUGCUCCCAAAGUUAAACUCUACCACAUUUCCACCACUGUCGGUCUGUUAAUUAGACCUCAAGAAGUGUUUUGGUCUGUUGGUAUAAACCAGGGGACAACGUUUGGUUUGGCCAGCAAGGACCACUAGGGGGCCCACGACUGACUUCCUUUUUUUAGGAAGUCAGUCAGGUUCACAACUUACUGUUACUACCAGCCUAGUAGAAAACAUAACGUGUCAUUUCAACAUUUGGUAGUGCCUCAGCAGUUUUCCUCUUGUUAUGUCAGUUAAUCAACUAGCCCAUGUCAGCUAACAUCCAUUGCUAAGUAAGUUAGUCUAGCCAGCUAUCUAAACCUUGUAGUAAUCAUGGCCGAAUUACUGACUGGGCAUCCAAGGCACGUGUCCAGGGGCCCUGACCCCUAGGGUGCCCCUAAUUUCAUUUUGUUAUUCACUCUCACAGAUAUCAUAGGAACAUGGCAUAAGCCAUAGCAAAAUGUAUAGAACUGCAGGGAAUUAGCAUUAAAUGUGGCAAAAUGUGUACAAUCACAUGAAAUUAGUCAUGUUGAAUUGCUGAAAAUCUGCUUUAACAUAUUGGCAAUCAGAAUGUGUUGUUAGGUGUCAAGUUAUACGGCUAUGAUUUGAUUCAUGUUUCAAGACCCUAAAAAGCUGUUUCCCUUUUUAUAUUUCUAAAUAAAUGAUUCCUUUGUUUGGGCCGCAGCUCAUCACUCAGAUUAUAUUUUGGUACACCAAGCCCAAGAGUUUGAGCACCCCCGGUGUAAACGUUGUUGGGUGAACUAAACCCCCCAGCACUUCUGUUGACGUAACUUUCAUUGUUACAUUUUGACAGUUAAUGUCAUACUGAAACCAUUGUUAGAUGAACAUGAAUGUACCUGGUCUGCUGUCUAACUUUAUUCAGAUUGAAGGUGUAUAGUUAAGACCACUUUUCCUUUGCGUACGAGGCUAUCUGUACAGAAUAUUUCACUCUCUCACAAUGCUUGUGAAGAUGUAAUUAUUGUGUAAAUGCUACUACUAUCCUUACGUUGCUUUUUGCUCAUGUUUUCUGUGCGUGCAGGUUAUUUCUUUUGUUUUUGCUGUUUGGUUUUGGUUAUAUAUACGGUGUGUACAGUGUGAUGCCUCAUAGACGUAAGAGUCCUGGUCAAAGGCUUUUAAUGGUUUUGUUUUUACUAAAGAACAAAGUAUACUGAUGAAUGUGGGGUCACUUCAGGGGCUCAGGAUCUUGUAUGACACACAGGUAAUUGUAGAUCCAUAUUAGGGGUGGCUGCACCAUGGUUAUUUUCAAUCUAAGUGGUGGUGAUAAUGAAAUCAACAACUUCUUUAAAUACUAAUGUAUGUUUUUAAAGUACACGGUUGCCUGAUUGUUUGUGUCUUUUCCAUUUAAGGAGUUUAGUGAGUGACCUAACAGUGUUGCGUCUGUAGACCUGGGUAGUGCAAUUUUAGAUGUGUCUGUAGUCCAACAGUCUUCUGUCGUUGGUUGGCCUGGCUUAGUGGGCUAGGUUACGUUGUCUCACUAUGUGCGAGGUCUAUGGUACUCCGUUGUCUAUGGUAGCCCUGUUGUUUUCGUCUCUGUGUGGAAGAUGAUUGUAUCAGCCUCCCGUCUGACUCUGGGUAGAUGAUGAUUGUAUCAGCCUCCCGUCUGACUCUGGGUAGAAGAUGAUUGUAUCAGCCUCCCGUCUGACUCUGGGUAGAAGUUCCCUGUAGGAACAGAUCUAGGAUCAGUUACACAACAAUUCAGACCUUAACCAAAUGUAAAACUGACCAUGGAUCAGUGUCUAGGGCACAGUUAAAUGGGGAGGACGGGGAUCUGGUAAUGGCUGGAGCAGAAUAAUGGUAUCAAAUGUAUCGAACACAGCUUCCAUGUGUUUUGAUGCCAUUCCGUACCAACCAUUAUUUUGAGCCUUCCUCUCCUCAGCAGCCUCCACUGGUCGCGGGCUAACUACCUCUCUGCUGCAGCAGCAUUGGCUUAGAUGUUGGCAACUACUGAAUGUCCUGAAGGAGCUCUUCUAUUACAUAACAACAUGACAAAUGAAUAUCUGCGCUUCUACUGUAGCUUCUCUUCUAAUCUAAAGCCUCAGAUGUCUGUAGCUAUGUCUCCUGUUUGGUACUGUCUCAAUCUGAAGGAGGGUUUAUUUCUCACUCUGAAUGUUGUGAUGUCAUGUUGAAAACAUUGGAACAGACAGGUCGUAUUGGCCGUUAUGAUAUGUCUAUUAUGAAAUCUAUCUUGGGUGCAGAAUUGUCAUUGUAUUCCUAUGCCAAGCCCACCUUGAUUGUUGCUCAUCAUUUUAAACUGUUUUGCACUGGGGUUAAAUGAUGCUGAAUAUUGUCAGGCUCUUCAUGUCAUGAAAAAAAGACGAAUAAAAAUUUUUCUGGA